AUGCCUCCUCCCAAACCCUCAAAGAGCGAAUACAUCGAAACAGACACCGGCAACAAAAUCUCGCGCCGGUCCCAAAUCCACGGCACGCAGCACAUCAUCCUAGGCGGCAAAACAGUCAUCCAAGCCGAAGCCGUGAUCCGCGGCGAUCUCUUCCGCGGCGCAUCAACAGACCCCAACAACCCCAGCACACCACCCUCAACACCCAGCGUCGCCAUAAACGUCGGCCGAUACAGCUAUAUAUCCAAGAGUGCAGUUCUCCGACCUCCCAGCCGUCUACACCGGGGCACGCACUCGUUCUACCCGCUCAAGAUCGGCGACCACGUCUUCGUCGGCGAGGGUGCUGUUAUCGAGGCUGCGCAGCUGGGGAACCAUGUGCAUGUUGGGAAGGGUGCGGUUGUAGGUAGUAUGGCUAUCAUUAAAGAUUAUGGCUAUGUGCUUGAUGGUGCGGUUGUGCCGCCUGGGAUGGUGGUGCCGAGCUGGUGUGUUGUUGGUGGGAAGCCGGCGAGGAUUGUUGGCGAGGUUGGUGAGGGGUAUGGUGUUGAGGGGGCGGAUGGUGGUUUGGCUAGGGAGAGGUACCGUGCUGUUGGGAGAGCUUGA